AUGGCCUUUUUCGGUCUUACUUACUUUGGAAAACAAGAUGUUUUCAAGGAAGCAAGAAAUCCAGGUAAUUUUUUUGCCCUAGCUUGUCCACUAAUGGACAGAUUGCGAUGUCAAACUAUUUGAUUCAAAUCAGGAGUUUUCAGAGGAGAAGGUUAGAGGCGCUGUACCCUAUGGUAAUUUUAGGUUUACAGAAGAGCUGAUUGACUUUUUGUAGCAAUGAUUGAUACCACAAAGUAUCCGCUUACAACCAGUCAGGAUAUGCAAGAGGAUAUGAAGAACGGCAAAGACUGUAACGAAAAAACGAAGCAUACGCACAAGCGUACGGAGCUCAAAGAGUUAGUUUUACUUAGUACUUAUUCCUAUGCCUCCAUGCAGAUACCUUGAAGCCUCUGUGAAGCUGGGCUACGCGUAA